GCAGUAUCCUCACUAGCCGUGAGGGAUGAGCCACCGGUCGGAACGUCGUGGGAUCCAUGUGGACCAGUCAGAGCUGCUGUGUACGAAGGGGUGUGGUUUCUAUGGCAACGCGGCCUGGCGGGGCCUCUGCUCCAAGUGCUGGCGGGAGGAGUACCAACAAACCAGACACAAACAGAUCCAGGAGGACCAUGCACUGGCAGAGAGGUGUGUGAUUGUUUAUCUGAGCAAGCUUGUUUUGCAUCGUCCCCCAGCUGUUGGCCGGGUGGGUGGAGUUAGCACUCGAUUUUAAAUCUAGGAGCCCGGUGGCAAACACUGAAUGCCCCGCUCAAAAUUGAGGGGUGGAGUCGAAAACGUAACGAUAACAAAAUCCACCAGUAACUUUUGAUCAUUGAUCAACAAACAUUUCAACAGCCAUUUUCACAGAGGCAAAUGGAACAGUGUCAUGUUGCUGUCUGUCAUUAGUUGAAAUUAUUCUUGCCUUUUUGAUCAAUGAAAUGUUUUCCUUAUCUGUCGUGUUUUAGUUAGGGACCACUGUUUCUGUCUGUCUUCAGUAUUGAUCAUGAGGUAGUAACAACAAUGUCUGUUCUGUGCCCCAGGUUACAGAGGGAGGAGGAGGCAGCGUACGCUAACAACCACCAGGGGGCACCCCAGCCCCAGCCUGCCAUCGCACCCUUCAGCAAGUUUGAAGAAAGGAAAACCAAGGAGAAGUCACGUAAAGUCAACACAGUGACUAAGUUUUUCACUCCCUCAGCAAAGACACCGCCCAAGAAAGGUAGGAUCCAUGUCUUUGAGAUAAGGUUUAUAAUGUUUUCUCUACCAUUACUUGAGGGAUGAGCAGAUCCAAACCACCACUACCUCCCCUCUGCAUAAUGUUGGUGCACAGUUCCUCUUUCCACCGUCUUUCAGAAUUCUGCUCCACUACCACUCUCUCCCCCCAGUCACUGUGGAGGAGGUCACAUGGGGCAUCCAGCUAGAGUUCCCUAGAUUUUCAACCUCUCCCUGACCCAUUCUGUAAUACCUACAGUGCCUUCAGAAAGUAUGCAUACUCCUUGACUUGUUCCACAUUUUGUUGUGUUACAGCCUGAAUUCAAAAUGUAUUAAAUAAAUGUUUUUUCUCACCAAUCUACACACAAUACCCCAUAAUGACAUCUGUAUUUCAUUUAUUGAAAAUGAAAUACAGAUGCAUCUCAUUUAUGUAAGUAUUCGCAACCCUGAGUCAAUAGAUGUUAGAAUCACCUUUGGCACCUUUAGCGAUUACAGCUGUGAGUCUUUCUGGGUAAAUCUCUUAAGAGCUUUGCGUACCUAGAUUGUACAAUAUUUGCCCAUUACUCUUUUCAAAAUUCUUCAAGCUCUGUCAAAUUGGUUGUUGAUCAUUCGUAGACAACAAUUUAAGUCUUGCCAUAGACUUUCAAGCAGAUUUAAGUCAACUAUAACUCAGCCACUCAGGAACAUUCACUGUCUUCUUGGUGCGCAACUCCAGUGUAGAUUUGGCCUUGUGUUUUAGGUUAUUGUCCUGCUGAAAGGUGAAUUCAUCUCCCAGUGACAGCUGGAAAGCAGACUGAACCAGGUUUUCCUCUAGGAUUUUGCCUGUGCUUUCCAUGUUUUUAAUCCUGAAAAACUCUCCAGUCCUUAAUGAUUACAAGCAUACCCAUAACAUGGUGCAGCCACCACUAUGCUUAAAAAUAUGGAGUGGUACUCAGUAAUGUGUUGUAUUGGAUUUGCCCCUAACAUAACACAAAGUGAAUUGCUUUGCUACAUUUUUUGCAGUAUUACUUCAGUGCCUUGAUGCAAACAGGAUGCAUGUUUUGGAAUAUUUUAUUCUGUACAGGCUUCCAUCUUUUCACUCUGUAAUUUGGGUUAGUAUUGUAGAGUAACUACAAUGUUGAUCCAUCCUCAGCCAUUAAACUCUGUAACUGUUUUAAAGUCACCAUUAGCCUCAUGGUGAAAUCCCUGAGCGGUUUCCUUCCACUCCGGCAACUGAGGUAGGAUGGACACCUGUAUCUUUGUAGUGACUGGAUGUAUUGAUACACCAUCCAAAGUGUAAUUAAUAACUUCACAAUGCUCAAAGGGAUAUUCAAUAUUUACUUUUUUUUUUACCUAUCUACCAGUAGGUGCCUUUCUUUGCGAGGCAUUGGACAACCUCCCUGGUCUUCGUGGUUGAUUCUGUGUUUGAAAUUCACUGCUCUGCUGAGGGACCAUACAGAUAAUUGUAUGUGUAGGGUACCAAGAUGAGGUAGUCAUUCAAAAAUCAUGUUAAACACUAUUAUUAAACACAGAGUGAGUCCAUGCAACUUAUUAUGUGACAUGUUAAGCAUAUUUCUACUCCUGGACUUAUUUAGGCUUGUCAUAACAAAGGUGUUGAAUACUUAUUGAUUCAAGACAUUUCAGCUUUUCCAUUUUAAUUAAUUUGUAAAAGUUUCAAAAUACAUAGUUCCACUUUGACAUUAUGGGUUAUUGUGUGUACAGUCGUGGUCAAACGUUUAGAGAAUGACACAUACUAAUUUUCACAAAGUCUGCUGCCUCAGUUUUGAUGAUGGCAAUUUGCACAUACACCAGAAUCUCAUGAAGAGUGAUCAGAUUAAUUGCAAAGUCCCUCUUUGCCAUGAAAAUGAACAUAAUCCCCCCAAAAACAUUUCCACUGCAUUUCAGCCCUGCCACAAAAGGACCAGCUGCCAUCAGGUCAGUGAUUCUCUCGUUAGCACAGGUGAGAGUGUUGACGAGGACAAGGCUGGAGAUCACUCUGUCAUGCUGAUUGAGUUAGAAUAACAGACUGGAAGCUUUAAAAGGAGGGUGGUGCUUGAAAUCAUUGUUAUUCCUCUGUUAACCAUGGUUACCUGCAAGGAAACACGUGCCGUCAUCAUUGCUUUGCACAAAAAUGGCUUCAAAGGCAAGGAUAUUGCUGCUAGUAAGAUUGCACCUAAAUCAACCAUUUAUCGGAUCAUCAAGAACUUCAAGGAGAGAGGUUCAAUUGUUGUGAAGAAGGCGUCAGGGUGCCCAAGAAAGUCCAGCAAGCGCCAGGACCGUCUCCUAAAGUUGAUUCAGCUGUGGGAUCGAGGCACCACCAGUGCAGAGCUUGCUCAGGAAUGGCAGCAGGCAGGUGUUCGUGCAUCUGCACACACAGUGGGACGAAGACUUUUGGAGGAUGGCCUGGUGUCAAGAAGGGCAGCAAAGAAGCCACUUCUCUCCAGGAAAAACAUCAGGGACAGACUGAUAUUCUGCAAAAGGUACAGGGAUUGGACUGCUGAGGACUGGGGUAAAGUCAUUUUCUCGGAUGAAUCCCCUUUCCGAUUGUUUGGGGCAUCUGGAAAACAUCUUGUCCGGAGAAGACAAGGUGAGCGCUACCAUCAGUCCUGUGUCAUGCCAACAGUAAAGCAUCCUGAGACCAUUCAUGUGUGGUGUUGCUUCUCAGCCAAGGGAGUGGGCUCACUCACAAUUUUGCCUAAGAACACAGCCAUGAACAAAGAAUGGUACCAACACAUCCUCAGAGAGCAACUUCUCCCAACCAUCCAAGAACAGUUUGGUGACAACCAAUGCCUUUUCCAGCAUGAUGGAGCACCUUGCCAUAAGGCAAAAGUGAUAAUGAAGUGGCUCGGGGAUCAAAACAUUGACAUUUUGGGUCCAUGGCCAGGAAACUCCCCAGACCUUAAUCCCAUUGAGAACUUGUGGUCGAUCCUCAAGAGGCGGGUGGACAAACAAAAACCCACAAAUUCUGACAAACUCCAGGCAUUGAUUAUGCAAGAAUGGGCUGCCAUCAGUCAGGAUGUGGCCCAGAAGUUAAUUGACAGCAUGCCAGGGCGGAUUGCAGAGGUCUUGAAAAAGAAGGGUCAACACUGCAAAUAUUGACUCUUUGCAUAAACUUAAUGUAAUUGUCAAUAAAAGCCUUUGACACUUAUGGAAUGCUUGUAAUUAUACUUCAGUAUACCAUAGUAACAUCUGACAAAAAUAUCUCAUAACACUGAAGCAGCGAACUUUGUGAAGACCAAUACUUGUGUCAUUCUCAAAACGUUUGACCACGACUGUAGGCCAGUGACACAAAAUCUCAAUGUAAUACAUUUUAAAUUCAGGCUGUAACACAACAAAAUGUGGAAAAAGUCAAGGGGUGUGAAUACUUUCUGAAGGCACUGUACAUGUUUCAAGCAAACCACCAUAGUCCCUGUGCCCAAGAACGCCAAGGUAACCUGUCUAAAUGUCUAUCACCCCAUAGCCGUGCACAACUCCAAUACCAUCAUUAAACCUGCAUUAAGUUUGCAGAUUACACAGCGGUGGUAGACCUGAUCACCGACGACAGCUUGGCAUCUGACCGCAAGACGCUACAGAGGGUAGUGCGUACAGCCCAGUACAUCACUGGGGCCCAGCUCCCUGCCAUUCAGGACCUCUAUACCAGGUAGUGUCAGAGGAAGGCCCAAAACAUUGUCAGACUCCAGGCACCCAAGCCACAGACUGUUCUCUCUGCUACCACACGUCAAGCGGUACCAAUGCACCAAUUCUAGAACCAACAGGAUCCUGAACAGCUUCUACCCCCCCAAGCCAUAAGACUUCUAAACAAGACUGCUAAAUAGCUCAUCAAAAGGCUACCUGCAUUGAACCUUUUUUGCACCAAGUCAUGCAAAUCAAAUCACAUUUUAUUUGUCACAUACACGUGUUUAGCAGAUGUUAUAGCGGGUGUAGCAAAAUGCUUGUGCUUCUAGCUCCGACAGUGCAGUAAUAUCUAACAAGUAAUAUCUAACAAUUUCACAACAUAUACCCAAUACACACAAAACUAGUAAGGAAUGGAAUUUAAGAAAAUAUACAUAUACAGUGGGGAGAACAAGUAUUUGAUACACUGCCGAUUUUGCAGGUUUUCCUACUUACAAAGCAUGUAGAGGUCUGUCAUUUUUAUCAUAUACUCUCACUUCAACUGUGAGAGACGAAAUCUAAAACAAAAAUCCAGAAAAUCACAUUGUAUGAUUUUUAAGUAAUUCAUUUGCAUUUUAUUGCAUGACAUAAGUAUUUGAUCACCUACCAACCAGUAAGAAUUCCGGCUCUCACAGACCUGUUAGUUUUUCUUUAAGAAGCCCUCCUGUUCUCCACUCAUUAUCUGUAUUAACUACACCUGUUUGAACUCGUUACCUGUAUAAAAGACACCUGUCCACACACUCAAUCAAACAGACUCCAAACUCUCCACAAUGGCCAAGACCAGAGAGCUGUGUAAGGACAUCAGGGAUAAAGUUGUAGACCUGCACAAGACUGGGAUGGGCUACAGGACAAUAGGCAAGCAGCUUGGUGAGAAGGCAACAACUGUUGGCGCAAUUAUUAGAAAAUGGAAGUUCAAGAUGACGGUCAAUCACCCUUGGUCUUGGGCUCCAUGCAAGAUCUCACCUCGUGGGGCAUCAAUGAUCAUGAGGAAGGUGAGGGAUCAGCCCAGACCUACACGACAGGACCUGGUCAAUGACCUGAAGAGAGCUGGGACCACAGUCUCAAAGAAAACCAUUAGUAACAUACUACGCCGUCAUGGAUUAAAAUCCUGCAGCGCACGCAAGGUCCCCCUGCUCAAGCCAGCGCAUGUCCAGGCCCAUCUGAAGUUAGCCAAUGACCAUCUGGAUGAUCCAGAGGAGGAAUGGGAGAAGGUCAUGUGGUCUGAUGAGACAAAAAUAGAGCCUUUUGGUCUAAACUCCACUCGCCGUGUUUGGAGGAAGAAGAAGGAUGAGUACAACCCCAAGAACACCAUCCCAACCAUGAAGCAUGGAGGUGGAAAAAUCAUUUGGGGAUGCUUUUCUGCAAAGGGGACAGGACGACUGCACUGUAUUGAGGGGAGGAUGGAUGGGGCCAUGUAUCGUGAGAUCUUGGCCAACAACCUCCUUCCCUCAGUAAGAGCAUUGAAGAUGGGUCGUGGCUGGGUCAUCUAGCAUGACAACGACCCGAAACACACAGCCAGGGCAACUAAGGAGUGGCUCUGUAAGAAGCAUCUCAAGGUCCUGGAGUGGCCUAGCCAGUCUCCAGACCUGAACCCAAUAGAAAAUCUUUGGAGGGAGCUGAAAGUCCGCAUUGCCCAGCGACAGCCCCGAAACCUGAAGGAUCUGGAGAAGGUCUGUAUGGAGGAGUGGGCCAAAAUCCCUGCUGCAGUGUGUGCAAACCUGGUCAAGACCUACAGGAAACGUAUGAUCUCUGUAAUUGCAAACAGAGGUUUCUGUACCAAAUUAAUUACUUAAAAAUCAUACAAUGUGAUUUUCUGGAUUUUUGUUUUAGAUUCCAUCUAUCACAGUUGAAGUGUACCUAUGAUACAAAUUACAGACCUCUACAUGCUUUGUAAGUAGGAAAACCUGCACAAUCGGCAGUGUAUCAAAUACUUGUUCUCCCCACUGUAUGGACAAGCAAUGCCAGAGCGGCAUGGACUAAGAUACAGUAGAAUAUUAUAGAAUAGAAUGCAGUAUAUACAUAUGAGAUGAGUAGUGCAAUAUAUGUAAACAUUAUUCAAGUGACUAGUGUUCCAUUUCUUAAAGUGUCCAGUGAUUUCAAUAGGCAGCAGCAGCCUCUAAUGUGCUAGUGAUGGCUUACUUACAUACUGAUGCCACACACACACUUUCAGACUCACCACAUACGCUGCUGCUACUGUAAUCUAUCCUGUUGCCUAGUCAUUUUACCCCUACCUAUAUGUUCAGUACAUAGCUACCUCAAUUACCUUGUAUCCCUGCACAUCGACUCGGUACUAGUACUCCCUGUAUAUAGCCAUGUUAUUUUCUACUCCCUAUAUACAGUGGGGGAAAAAAAUAUUUAGUCAGCCACCAAUUGUGCAAGUUCUCCCACUUAAAAAUAUGAGAGAGGCCUGUAAUUUUCAUCAUAGGUACACGUCAACUAUGACCGACAAAUUGAGAAUUUUCUUUCCAGAAAAUCACAUUGUAGGAUUUUUAAUUAAUUUAUUUGCAAAUUAUGGUGGAAAAUAAGUAUUUGGUCACCUACAAACAAGCAAGAUUCCUGGCUCUCACAGACCUGUAACUUCUUCUUAAAGAGGCUCCUCUGUCCUCCACUCGUUACCUGUAUUAAUGGCACCAGUUUGAACUUGUUAUCAGUAUAAAAGACACCUGUCCACAACCUCAAACAGUCACACUCCAAACUCCACUAUGGCCAAGACCAAAGAGCUGUCAAAGGACACCAGAAACAAAAUUGUAGACCUGGACCAGGCUGGGAAGACUGAAUCUGCAAUAGAUAAGCAGCUUGGUUUGAAGAAAUCAACUGUGGGAGCAAUUAUUAGGAAAUGGAAGACAUACAAGACCACUGAUAAUCUCCCUCGAUCUGGGGCUCCACGCAAGAUCUCACCCCGUGGGGUCAAAAUGAUCACAACGGUGAGCAAAAAUCCCAGAACCACAUGGGGGGACCUAGUGAAUGACCUGCAGAGAGCUGGGACCAAAGUAACAAAGCCUACCAUCAGUAACACACUACGCCGCCAGGGACUCAAAUCCUGCAGUGCCAGACGUGUCACCCUGCUUAAGCCAGUACAUGUCCAGGCCCGUCUGAAGAUUGCUAGAGUGCAUUUGGAUGAUCCAGAAGAGGAUUGGGAGAAUGUCAUAUGGUCAGAUGAAACCAAAAUAUAACUUUUUGGUAGAAACUCAACUCGUCGUGUUUGGAGGACAAAGAAUGCUAAAUUUCAUCCAAAGAACACCAUACCUACUGUGAAGCAUGGGGGUGGAAACAUCAUGCUUUGGGGCUGUUUUUCUGCAAAGGGACCAGGACGACUGAUCCGUGUAAAGGAAAGAAUGAAUGGGGCCACGUAUCGUGAGAUUUUGAGUGAAAACCUCCUUCCAUCAGCAAGGGCAUUGAAGAUGAAACGUGGCUGGGUCUUUCAGCAUGACAAUGAUCCCAAACACACCGCCCGGGCAACGAUGGAGUGGCUUCGUAAGAAGCAUUUCAAGGUCCUUGAGUGGCCUAGCCAGUCUCCAGAUCUCAACCCCAUAGAAAAUCUUUGGAGGGAGUUGAAAGUCCGUGUUGCCCAGCGACAGCCCCAAAACAUCACUGCUCUAGAGGAGAUCUGCAUGGAGGAAUGGGCCAAAAUACCAGCAACAGUGUGUGAAAACCUUGUGAAGACUUAAAGAAAACGUUUGACCUGUGUCAUUGCCAACAAAGGGUAUAUAACAAAGUAUUGAGAAACGUUUGUUAUUGACCAAAUACUUAUUUUCCACCAUAAUUUGCAAAUAAAUUCAUAACAAAUCCUACAAUGUGAUUUUCUGGAUUUUUUUUCCUCAUUUUGUCUGUCAUAGUUGACGUGUACCUAUGAUGAAAAUUACAGGACUCUCUCAUAUUUUUAAGUGGGAGAACUUGCACAAUUGGUGGCUGACUAAAUACCUUUUUUCCCCACUUAAAAGUGUCAUGUUAUUUUUACACUUUAUUUUUAUUCGUUAUUCACUGUGUAUUUAUUCCUCAUGUCACUAUUUGCAUUUUCUAUUUAAAAUAAUGUAUAUUAUCUUUAACUCUGCAUUGUUGGAAAAGUACCCUUAAGUAAGCAUUUCACUGUUUGUCUACACCUAUUGUCUACGAAGCAUGUGACAAAUAAAAAUUGAUUUGAUUUGAAGACCAUAUCCCAAGGCAAACCUAAUUACAUUCUUUCAUCUGUGAGGCCAUAUAGAGGAGAUAGAAUCACCACCCCUUAACCCUUAGCCUACAAUUUCGCCCCUGUGGAAAUCUAAUUAACAUAAUACAAUCCCUAUCAAAGUCUGUCUGUUUAAGCUAAAGAUAUGUUAUUUUUUUUGCAUGGGCAUCCGCCGAUAUCGCCCUUCCGCAUGUGCGGUGAAAGGUGGCAGAGCUAGAGCAGUGUUUGUCAAACCAUGAGACAUCCCAAAAAUCAGUCUUCUCACAAACGUCUGUAGUGUCUGAACGAUGGUGUUCUCCGUUUUGCAAGUAUUGUGACGCCCACAAGCCUCACAAAACUUGUCUGAAGUCAGUACAGCCUCUUCUGCCAACUUCUGUCUGUAGCGUCCGAGCUGAGACUCUCAAGAACACAAUUAUGUUUUGCUCUAGGACGUCCACAAGCCUCACAAGACUCAUCUGAAGUUCCCCAGUACCAGUAAAAAAAAUUAAUAGAAGUGUAUAUAUGGAGAUAGUUUAGUGCCUAAAAUAAGGGGAUAAAUACAUUUAAAAAUAUAUAUAUAUUUAAUAGUUUCCUGAUCUUAUAUCUCUCAGAUAUAGGCCUGACACUUCAGAACAAACUUCCUUCAGAUUGUUUGGGGGGCUAACUGUUGUUCCAUGUAGUGAAUCUGUUAUUCAAUGCGUUUCUAUUGGCUAAUAGCAGUAAUGCCAAAUACAAUGUUUCAUCCAAUAAUUUUCUAUACCUUAAAGGGUCUUAAAAUGUAAAAUCAAAUAGCUAAAUAAUCCUUGGUAUGACCAUCUUAAAACAAGUCCAUAUGUUAGCUUAGAACCCCCUACUCCCCGGCUUAGACUGUAGAGGGUUUUAAGACAGAACUGUUCAGAUAAUACAGGACAAACCAUGGUUGAUGUAUUUCAUGUGGAACUGUGCAUUUGAAGCGUAGCAAAAAGUAACUAUCUAAACAUAGAUUGCAGAAGGAUGUUGUGUGAAAUCACAACUCCGCAAGCUGUGCUGGUAAGGGAUGAGAUGAAUAGAAGGCCCACCCUUAUUUUCUCUUCUUCCCAUCCUAAGGCCAGCCAAAAGCCUGUUUUUUAUAUCCACCACCUAAGGAAUAUUGUACAUACAAACAGGUACACACAGGUAUAUCAUUCCCUCCAUUAUCUGUAUCCUCCUCCCUCACAGACUCCGUCCCUGGCGAGGCCCUGUCGACCCCCAGCCCCUCAGUGAGCCGCAAGCCCUUAGAGACAGACCGCACCACACAAGAGUUCAUCGACUUCCUCAAGACCCUGAAACCUGGCAGGGAGAUCUUCAAACAGUGCCGAGCCUUCACAGAGAGCAUGGCGUACAAGAGGGUGAGUACUACACUACAAUACCAUCAGAGGCUUCUGAAUGUGGAGAGCCUGAUUGGGCUUACCUCUAUUAAUUCACCCCUCCGGCUUUUUGGAACAUUUCACUUCCUCAUCGUAGAACAGAAGGAUGUGGUCUAAGGCACUGCAUCGCAGUGCUAGCUGUGCCACUAGAGAUCCUGGUUCGAAUCCAGGCUCUGUCGCAGCCGGCCGCGACCGGGAGACUCAUGGGCGGCGCACAAUUGGCCUAGCGUUGUCCAGGGUAGGGGAGGGAAUGGCCGGCAGGGAUGUAGCUCAGUUGAUAGAGCAUGGCGUUUGCAACGCCAGGGUUGUGGGUUCGAUUCCCACGGGGGACCAGUAUGAAAAAAAUGUAUAAAAUAUGUAUUCACUAACUGUAAGUCGCUCUGGAUAAGAGCGUCUGCUAAAUGACUAAAAUUUAAAAACAAAUGCUGAGGUUACUCCAGAGCAUUGAGUGAAUAACCAAAUGUGAACUCGCCCUUGAACUUGAAAUGAAUAAAAAUAUACGACAAUCCCUUCAAGCUAAUAGUGAGCUUGUUCCCCAGGACCUGGGUGCUGAUGAGCUGUCUGAGUGUGUUCAAGACUUCUACCAGAACUUGUCAGACCGCCUGAACACACACUUCAAAGGUACAGCUCUCCUUUCCUCACCUCUAUUACACUAAUACUGGAUCAUUAAGGAUAUCUUGAAGUAGGGGCUUGAUGAUAAAGUAGCUGGUGACAAUGAAGAAGAAGGAAGACACUCUUCUUUCAGAGAGCUCUCUAUAGGUAGGCCUUGAAUGAUUCACAUUUGCUGUUUUCCCGUCUAUGUCCGUGUUGACUUCAGGGUCGUCGGAGCGCGUAGAGAGUGUGAUGGACGAGGUAGAGCGGUACAUGAUGACACGUCUCUAUGAGGAGGUCUUCUGUCCUGAGACCACAGACGAUGAGAAGAAAGACCUGGCCGUUCAGAAGAGAAUCAGGUAAAGACAUUGAAACUGAUAUGGUACUGAGUUUGAGCAUUGAAGCUGCUGUAUGCCUCCUUGUACAUCUGUUCACUGAAGUGUGUGUGGGUGGGUUGCAGGGCCUUGCAUUGGGUCACCAUUGAGAUGCUGUGUGUCCCUGUGGAUGAGGAGAUUCCUGAGGUGUCUGAUAACGUGGUCAAAGCCAUCACAGGUCAGACAUGUAUUAAUUUGUGUUUUUAGUUCAUUACAAGGAGACACAAACAUUGACUGAACAUGCAUGUGAUGUAGAAUGUCAUCAUAGCACAUUAACUACCACUCUGUUCCACCCUGACCUUGUGUAGAUGUGAUCGAGAUGGACUCAAAGCGUGUGCCCAGGGACAAGCUGACCUGCAUCACACGCUGCAGUAAGCACAUCUUCAAUGCCAUCAAUACCACCAAGAAGGAGGCGGCAUCUGCUGAUGACUUCCUGCCCACCCUCAUCUACAUCGUCCUGAAGGCCAACCCUCCGCGACUGCAGUCCAACAUCCAGUACAUCACCCGCUUCUGUAACCCCAGCCGCCUUAUGAGCGGAGAAGACGGAUACUACUUUACCAACCUGGUGAGAGGGCUGUCUACGCAAAGCAAACAGACAGACAGACAAGCUGUACCAAACAAACUCAAAUACACAUAAUUUGUUAUUCCCCCAACAACCCCCUCUCCCCCCCCUCCCCUCUCCCUCUGUCCCUCUGCAGUGCUGUGCGGUGGCCUUCAUAGAGAAGCUGGAUGGCCAGUCUCUGAACCUGAGCGCUGAGGAGUUUGAGCUCUACAUGUCAGGCCAGGCGUCCCCCCAGCGGCCCCAGGCUGCCCCCUCCCCCCCAGGCAGUGCUGCUUUCAGCCAGAUGAAUGAGCGUCUGGACCUGCUGACGGGGCUGGGCGUGAGGCAGGAACGUGUCAUGGAGGGGGCUCGCCGCCUGGAGAGUGACCUCAUCGACUGGAGGGACGGGGUGGAGCACAAAGUGCAGGAUGUGUUGGAGAGGUUCCCCCUGGAAAUGCACCCCCCCGCCUCCCCCACCGCCUCUUCAGCCAUAGACGCUGACAAUAUGGAGAACGACCACCUGCCUCCUCCUCUCCAGCCCCAGUUGUUCGCUGGCUGACCCCCAACACCCAACCCCCCUACCCUGACCCUCUGGACUUGUUACUCUCUCUCUCCACCCUGGAAAGUGGCUCCUGUCCUUAUGCACAUAUAGGUUCCCUGUAAUGGAUCCAAGAAGUGUAACUCCAAACCUCUCCAUUGUAUGCACACUUAAAAUAGAUGCUUGCAGUCGCCUGUACCCCAGUACUCUUAAAUAGCCAACUUUCUCGGUCUGUCUUCACCACUGAUUGGUAAGAGGACAAGAUAGGUUGCAGGCAUAUUGCCUUCAUCCAUGGUCAUGAAGGAAAGGAGAUGAGGAAAGGAAGCUUUUUAAGACUAUUGGGACGCAGACCAUUGAUCUUGCCCUCCCUUGUCCCCUAUAUUAGUCCUCCUGACUGAAUCCAAGUCAGAGGACAGAAGCCCUGGUGAGAGGGAUCUGUUGUGAUC